AUGAAUCGUGUACUUUCAGCUCAUAUGACUGACGUGAAAGGGAAAGGAAUCUGUUAUGAUAAUGAUGAUGAACCCAUUCAAUUAACAGAUCAGGAUGACUCUCAUACCAUUCGCGACUACCGACUCUCUCUAAUCGGGAAGAUUCUUAACCCUAAGAAGCAAUUGGUGGAGAAGUUGAUCCAGACCAUGCCGGCGCAGUGGGAGAUGCAGGAUAAGAUCACGGCUAACGAUCUUGGAUGGGAGACUGUGGUUCACGACGACUACCCAUGGUUCAUCCCGUUUUGGGUUGAGAUCACGGGAAUUCCGUUACAUCUGUGGACAAUAAAAAAUCUCAGAAACAUUGGGAACAAACUAGGUCUCGUUGAUACGAUUGAACUCGAGGGAGGACGCAUGCUUAUCGAUGUUGAUACUAGGAAACCUCUCACAUUCAUCAGGAAGAUAGCAUCACCAGAAGGAGAUGAAGUCUCCAUUCAAAUUCAUUAUGAAAAGCUUUUUAAGAAUUGCAAAACAUGUGGGAUGGUUACUCAUGAGCUGGCUUAUUUUCCAACAAAAGAGCCUACUCUGAGAAGCCAGGGAGAGCGGCCUUAUGAGAAGAAGAAACAACAACCACAAGCAGGUGAUAUUGGAGGACCACCUACUCAACAGUCAGCUGGCUUAAUGGUGCAAGAUACCGAGCAGAGUAGUGGGAAAAGGAUUGCGAGUUUGACGGUCAAUCCAUCUCGUCAUGCUCAUGAUGAUAACGUGACUAAACGACCUAGAGUUUCUCCUCGGUUGAUAACUUUCUCUCCUACGGAGGAAGUGCUACCGGUUGAUGCUCAGGUUAUUGGUGCUUUAAAUGACAUGGAGAUUACAAGUAAUAGAGCUGAAAGGUUACACAACACAGUUAUGGUUGAGGGAGAUAAUGAAGAUGAUUUGCUUGGAGAAGACUUAAUGGAUAUGGAGGCUGACAUCGUUUAG